AUGCCGCCAGCCGGACAAGAUGACCUCGACUUUCUGGUAAGAGUCCGCUCGUCUCUUCUCGUUUCACAUUUCUUUGUUACAGCCAUGCUUGGGUUUGAUUGUUUGAUUUCAGAAGUACGCAAUGGAGUCGUACGUGGCUGACGUGAAUGCCGACAUCGGCAAGACGACCAUCGUGUUCACUCUCCGCGAGAAGGCCGGAGCGCUCGCCGAAACUCUGAAACUGUUCCAGGUGAGUGCCAAACUGGUCUCCUCGGGGGAAUCAUGAGAUCGGCGAAGUCACUAUUGCAUCAGCGUUUCUUCGGUUUCUCACGUUAAUUCGCGACACGAAAAGACCCCCGCAACUGCAAAUGCAACGGAACGUACCCGCUUAACUUGAUAACAAACUGUCUGCCCUCCGUUAUCCAGUUCAAACGAUUUCUGAUUCUCGGAAGAUCGGUGUCGAGUGUCGAGUCACAAGGUUCUGCAGCCGUCAUAUCAGCCGUCAAAUUCCAACCAAUUACAUGCCUCAUUAACCGUAUCUGUAUCUGCAGGCACAUGAUGUUAACCUUUCGCAUAUCGAAUCGAGACCUUCGAAGACCCACGAAGGAUGCUACGAGGUGCUCGUUGAGUUCGCUGAAGCUGAGGAUCAGCACAAAAUCGAGGAAGUCAUUGAGCACUUUCAAGAAAAAGCCGAAAAGAAAGUGCUCGUGCAGGACUGGAACACCAAGAACAAGCAAAAUAAGGGUGGGGAGACUGAUGAGAAGGGCGAAGAAGAACACAAUUGCACAUUCAGAUUCGGUCCCAUGGUUCCCGCAGAAGAUCAACGACAUUGAUCAAUUUGCCAACCGUAUUUUGUCGUACGGGGCUGAGCUGGAAGCUGAUCAUCCCGGAUUCAAGGAUCAGUCUUACCGCGAGCGUCGAAAGUUCUUCGCUGACAUUGCCUUCAACUUUAAACAGUAAGACAUCUUCUCCCGAGUCUCAAGUUCAUUGCGAAUUCAGCGGCGACAAAAUCCCGACGAUUGACUACACUGUGGAAGAGGUUGCCACGUGGCGUACCGUCUACAACGAGCUGACUGUUAUGUAUCAGAAACACGCGUGCCAGGAGUUCAACUACAUUUUCCCGCUACUCCAGCAAAACUGCGGAUUCGGGCCCGAUCGCAUCCCACAACUGCAGGACGUGUCUGAUUUUCUGAAGGACUGCACUGGAUACACAAUCCGACCGGUCGCUGGUCUCCUCUCUUCUCGCGAUUUUCUCGCCGGCCUCGCCUUCCGCGUCUUCCAUUCCACCCAGUACAUCCGUCAUCAUUCUGCCCCCAAAUACACUCCAGAACCGUCAGUCUAAAGAGAUUCGGGGCUCCUCCUUACCACUUGAUUUUCAGUGAUAUCUGCCAUGAACUUCUUGGCCAUGUUCCACUUUUCGCAGAUGUUGAGUUUGCUCAGUUCUCUCAGGAAAUUGGGCUCGCAUCCCUCGGAGCCCCAGAUGAUAUUAUCGAAAAACUGGCCACAGUAUGACUGAUUUCCCAAUCUCAGAUGCAUCCUUUCAUUCCAGCUCUACUGGUUCACUAUCGAAUUCGGACUUUGUCAGCAGGACGGCCAGAUUAAGGCCUACGGAGCCGGCCUGCUCAGUUCGUUCGGAGAGCUCCAGUAUGCUCUGAGUGAUAAGCCGGAGAUUGUCGCUUUCGAUCCAGCCGUCACCUGCGUAACCAAAUACCCGAUCACUGAGUACCAGCCAAAGUACUUCCUUGCCGAGUCAUUUUCGAGCGCCAAGAACAAGCUGAAGUACUUUCAUCUCUUGGAAUCGCUCUUUUAUAAUUCAAUUGCAGGUCGUGGGCCUCCACCAUUUCCCGCCCGUUCAAAUUCGUUACAACGCCUACACUCAGCGCGUCGAGAUUCUUGAUAAAGUCGCGGCUCUUCAGCGUCUCGCCCGAGACAUCAGAAGUGACAUUUCGACGUUGGAGGAGGCGCUCGGCAAAGUGAAUAACCUGAAAAUUAAAUUCUAAUUCUUUUUCCACUUGCCAGUAAAAUAAUUUCGUACUUUGAAGAGUUUUGGGAGAGUUUUACUGAGACUACAUUUUUUCUUGGCUAUGGAAGUCUUGCCACGAAUUAAUGGAAGCUACUGCCAACAAAACGGAAACAGACAAUCUGAAGCUACGAAAAAUACAUAUGCAGGCCAGUGUUAUCGAAGAUUCUAUCAUGUGGAAAAUAAGCUGUUAGACCGGAAGAGGUUCCUCCACUCCGAAAGAGUCCAUGAGGAUCACCAUGGAUCACAAAUGUUCUGAGCAUAACUUGAAAAACUAUUUCAAGUGCAUUCCGGAUGAUACCUUUUCUCUUUCAUCUCCCUCUCUCCCUUUCUCUCCAGAUUCGACACUUCUUGUUCACGUCCUCUUUAUUCUGUGAGACACUGGGCUUUCAGUUGGCUUGUUCAUGAAAUGUUGCAGGAAGGGCAGAAAGUGCAAGUCCCGAAGGACAGGUCGGAAGGGAAGAAGCUGAUCGCAUCAAUGCCAACAACGUGUUUUCCAAUAAGAAGAAGAAAAUAUCAACCUUGCAUUGUGUAGUCGGAUAACAACGAAACAAAGCACUACGUAUUAUUUCUGUUACGCAACGUCUGUUCCUGGGUAAAAAAUUCAAGUUCCGAUCAUCGCAAUACUCAAGAUCAUCGGUCCAUCCGCGGAGAAAUUGUGGAAGACGGAGAGGGCAGAGAGGGAAUGGAAGUUCGGAUGCAACUGGAUCUGGAAAGGAGACGCAGAAAAGGGGACUCGUCUCCUCGGAUGUCCAUUUUGACGGCGAAAUGCCAUCGAGGAGACUGCCUCUCCCUCGAUCUGAUCCACUCGUUUCGCGUAAUCAACACCUCGUGCCGUCAUUUUGCGUUUUUGAGGCCUGCGGAGACGGUUGAACUGUCUCGAAUAUGCGAUGGUUUCCCUAAAGUUUCCCGUUCUAUUCUAGACUUGAUGUGUUUGAUAACCAAUUCUGGAGUAUGAUAUCUUCCUUCUCCGAUUCUGCUCCAUGUUGUUUUCUUUCCAUUGUUCCUACAAUCGUACAGUCCAAUUCCUCUGCCCACAUUCUGGCUUUCGCCAUUCAUUUCCGCCCAUCCGCUUAUUAGGUAAAUCGGUCUCACUUGUUCGAUUUCUCCCUCCGUCUACACUUCUUGAACGCUCUUCUGUCACAAAGAAAGUGACGAGGAUAGAGGAAGGAAUAAUUGGAACCGAAUCGGAAAAGUUUCAGAUUCAGGGAUGAGGUUAUGGAUAGUUGGAAUUCUCCUGGAAGUCGCCUUCUGUGUAAGUCUGUUUACCCGCUUCCAUUCCCAAUUUCUACCUACAAAAUAUCGCUUUCAGAUGGAACCCCUUCGACUUGUGGAGAGAUCGCACGUUCCGCGAAGAAGGAGUCUUCCAGCUAGAAAAUGUGAGAGAACGGUCAUAAUUGAGGGCGGAUAAGGAAAGAAACUUGCAGUGAAUUACGGCUUCCAUCGGGAUUCGCCGACUGUAAUGGACAAUGUCAUCCAUUCGCCGUUGGAAAAUAAGCGAGUGUACACUAAAGACAAGUAGGAAAUAAUCCAGAGAUGAGCAUGACCACCUGGGUCUCUUUCAGUUUCUACAUCAAUGCGAUUCGACCGAAAGAGAAGGAAGCUCUCCGUGAGUAGUCCAUCUCAAGCUCACUUUUACUAGAGAAGACGAUCCAUUUCAGUGUACGAGUCUAUGCUGAUUGAUGGAAAAGGCUCUAUCAACGACAUCGAUGCCUUCUUCGUGACCGCUCCGCCGGCAAGGACAACACUGGCACCAAAGCGGUCGGGAGGCAAUGAGCUGCCUGAUUACGUGCAAGUUUCUGAGGGAAGUGUGAAGGAGGAUGAGGAAAUGGUGAAAGAAGAGCGACGAACGAGAACCCCGGUCGACCUGAAACUAGUGAAACUCCCCCCACAAGCUCCUAAUCCUGUUGCCCCGUUCAAGCACAAUGCGGUGAGCAUUUUCUUCUUUUCUCCUUGAUUUUAGCCCUUUCUUGAUUCAAGCCGGUUCGUCGUCAACUGCUCGAUCCUUCCCCUCCCGUUCUUCAGCCUACCCCAGUCCGUUUCCCUGCUCAACCGUGGCAGAUUCCUCCGCUGCUGCCUCAAUCCACUCCGAGCCCUCUCACGCAAUUCUUCCAACCGAUUCAGCAGCCGACGCCUCUCGUCCCUCCCAAUCCGUUCUUCCCUCAACAACAGAAUCUGCAGCCUACCUGGGCUCCUCCUAUUCUCCUUCAGCCCAAUCCGAUCCCUGCGCCUCUUGUCCGGAAUGACACUCUCGAUCCGUACAUUCCGAUCGCCGUCGGUCAACCUCCAUAUUCAUUCCAGCAGCCAGCUCCUCAUCCGUCUCUUGUGGAUCCUCACAGGGUCAGUUACACAUUUAUAGAUUAACAAACCAGUUUCCUUUUUUCAGCAACCUCUUCAUCCGGGUGGAUUUGCCCGCACGUUCCCUCAGCAUCCGAUUCCAUUACCUGCCAAUUCGGCCAUUGGUUGGUUUUUCACAGUUUUCAAAAAACGUUCCCAUUUCCAGAUACCGCAUUCAAUCAAGCCAAGGAGAGAGAAUUCAGUAUAUUCCCGCAAAACCAGCUGCCAAAGAAAGUAGGCGUCUUCCGGAUUACCCGCCUGCAAUUAUUCUCAUAAAUUUCAGCCAACUCCUCCAAUUGACUACUCGGUGGACAGUGUUGCAGUGGUGAUCAAGGAUCAGAGACCACCUCCUUUUGUCAGGUAUUCAACGUCUGGACGGAGAUUCCAAUCUUCUUUCCGAAUUCAGAUCCAUCCCAGAGAAGACGUCAGAGCAGCUGAGAAACUUUGUGAAAGUCCAUCCGCACGUGAUGAACAACCUUCAGAAGCCGUUGAUAUACAGAGGAAAGGAGACGGUCAUUCCGAAGAUGUUCAACUUCACGAGCGCCCCUUCGUCGCCGCCAACUGCUCCUCCACAAUUCCCUGCUCAACCGGUUCCUGUGUUCACUCAACCGCCUCCUCAACAGUCCUCCUACGUUCCAUUGAUGAAUCCUAAUCAGAAGUUGGAUCUUUGCUGCCGAAAACAAAGAGUUGGUCCAUUGUGUCAGAAUUUGUGCAACUACGAUACUUUCAAUGACAAGACUGUGGGUUUCGGUCUCCCAGAUUUGCCCUUAUUGUUUGUUUCAGUUGGUAGCUGCCUUCCUGACGAAUCAAUGUCCUGGUCCCCAGUUGGGUCAGGCCUAUGACUGUGCCUCCUCGAAGGCCGAUCACUCGGCGUGCUGCGAACGGGCGGGUCUCGUCUCGUUUCAGGGAGGAAAGUGCAUGCCGUUUGCAGAACACACUUGGCCACGCCUUCCAAUGUAUUAGACUAUUUUGUCUGUUUACAGGUAUCCGAAUCACGACAUGCACUUCAGAAACGAAUGUCUUUAGGUGUUCGAAUCCAUCAAAGGAUGCUAUCGGGACUACCAGUUCACUCAUCCGAACAUUUACGGUGACUAA